AUGUCUGGAAGGGUUGCAGUUAUUGGGGCAGGCUCAUCUGGCAUCGCAGGAGUGAAAUGUUUGCAGGAUGCUGGUUUUAAGGAUAUCGUCUGUUAUGAACGCAGAGAUGUUGCAGGCGGACUCUGGCAUUUCAAAGAAGAUACUGCUCAGUGGGUAGACGAGUCAUGCGUGAACAGGUCAACAGUUAUCAACACCAGCAAAGAGUUUAUGUGUUACUCUGACUAUCCAAUGCCCGAUCACUACCCAAACUUCUGUCACAAUUCUGAUGUGGAGGCAUACUUCCUGGACUACUGCAAGCAUUUUGGAGCAGAUAAAUACAUCAAGUACAACACUGAAGUUGUUGGCCUGAAAAAGCACAGCACUUACAACAGCACUGGACGUUGGGAAAUAAAAUUGAAAGACCACAAAACUGGACAAGAGACGACUGAGGUGUUUGACUUUGUGCUUGUGGCUAACGGUCAUCAUGGAGAACCAAAUCGGCCCAAUUUCCCAGGUUUGGACAAAUUCAAAGGCGUUACAAUGCACUCCAAAGAAUUUAAAGAUCUCAACAGUGUUGUGGGAAAGAGAGCUGUUGUUGUUGGGAUUGGCAACUCUGGUGGCGAUUGUUCAGUGGAAAUCAGCAAAUACAUGAAGGUGUUCUUGGCCACAAGGAGAGGAGCCUGGAUCCUGAAUAGACUGGUCAAGAAUGGCAUGCCUUGGGACUAUGAGUUCCACUGCAGGUUUCGGACCUACUUGAGUAAAUGGUACCCCAGAUCCUAUAGAAACAAACUCUGGAAGGAAGGUCUCAAUGAGAGGUUUGACCACGAGCUGUACCACAUUAAGCCAGAGCAUGAGCCCGACGCUCAGCAUCCUACUGUCAACGAUGAGCUGCCUAAUAGGAUUGCAGCAGGCAUGGUCAAAGUCAAGCCGAACGUGCGCAGUUUUACUGAGAAAGGUGUGAUCUUUGAAGAUGGAAGCUUUGAAGAUGAUAUUGAUCUGGUUGUUUUUGCAACAGGAUACAAAUUUGGUUACUCUUUCAUUGGCAAGGAUAUCCUUGAGGUCAAGGACAACAGGGUGGAAAUGUUCAAGAACAUGUUUAUACCAGAUCUGCCCAAACAAUCCAUUGCUUUUCUGGGAGUGGUUCAACCACUGGGUGCCAUCUUUCCUAUUUCAGAGAUUCAGUCUCGACUGGCCGCCUUAGUUUUCAAGGGUGCUGUGAAACUGCCAAGUCCAGAAGCCAUGAAGAAAGACAUCAAAGCACAUCUCUCGGUCCUUCAGAACCAGUAUGUUCAAACAGCCAGACACACCAUACAAGUCGACUGGCUUCCAUUUAUGGACGAAAUUGCUGAACUGGUUGGCUGCAAACCCAAUCUUUUAAAACUGCUGCUGACUGAUCCAGUUCUGUUCAACAAAGUUCUUUUUGGACCUGGUGUACCCUACCAGUACCGGCUGCAUGGACCAAACCCUUGGCCAGGUGCAAGGAAAGCCAUUAUGACAACACUUGACAGGAUAAAGAAGCCAUUCGAAACCCGGACAGUGCCAAGCAGCCAGCCACAGAGAAGCUCCUCCUGGUUCAGAUAUCUUCUACUGACCUCUGCUGCAGCCGCUGCUGUUACACUUGGAGUGUCCUAUAUAAAGGAGAGCAGUGUGGACUUGAGCAAAUUCCUGCCCGAAGUUCUGAGGCAGUAG